UGAGCAGGUGGAUGCGCAGGUUACAGGUACAGGUGCUCCACACUCCGCAGAGAAGCACCAUGCUGGGGCUGCUGCUGCUCUGCGCAUCAGCAAAUGCAGCUUACACAAACAGCCCUGGGGAUUUAAUGGUACUUCCAGCAACGUCUUCUGCAGUGAACCAAAGCUCUCCUCCCACCGGGGUGGUCCUGAACUUCACGCAUGGUUCGUCCGUGAAGCUGGUCGGCGACUGGGUCAGCAUAUCUUGUCAGAGUAAUUACAGUGCUGAAUCAGGAUUGUACACCUGGUACCACCGUAACCAACCAACAGGCGCAUUCUUCCCGAUUGGGAAUGGCUCAGUCCUGACUAGGGCGAACCUCAGGCUGAGUGAUUCAGGACAGUACAAAUGUAUGUUUCGUGAGGCACAUGGUAUCAUCGAACUGACAGUACUCGAGAGAAUCUCCAACCUUUCAGUGGUGGCCAGCCCCCAGGAUCUGUUUGUGUUUGAGGGACACAGUGUCACUUUGGAAUGCAUUGCCUCCUCUGCCCCCACCUUGAUCAGCUGGACAUGGUACAGGCUGGGAGAGGCAGGCUCCCAAAGCAUUGCCUCUGAGCGGGUUCUCACCCUGAGCAGGGCAGAAGAGACUGGAGAGUACUACUGCCACGCUAACAGCUCAAUGCUGGGUAUCAGUCAACAGGAAACCAGCCAAAACCAUAAAGUCUAUAUCAUUCCCAUGCCAGUGGAAUGCCGUUUAGGCGUGGCCGCCUUUGCUCUGACUCUUCUCUGCUGGAUCUUCAUCAUCCUUAUCAUUGUCGUCGCUCUACUCCUGAUGCAGCGGGGAACGGACAGUACAGCUCUCAACAUGGUGCCCAUGGCCUCACCUGCAAAGGGUUUGCCUGCAUCUGCAAAGGGUACAAAGGCGGACCUUCAGCAGCCCACCGAUGAUGAAGUUUACAUGAACUGCGAGGGGACGGGGGAAGCCUACAGCGACCUGAACCCCAAUCACAUGAUCGAGGAGAACACCUACGACUGCUUGUCCUGAGAGCAGCCUGCUCAAAGCAAUCGGCGGGAGACUGCCAACCAUAGCUCACCUUAACCCCGCCUCCCAGUCCCAAAUUCACAGAUUCCAGGGCCUGCUGAUUCUUGGGUAUAUUGGAUUGUUCCUUUUAAAAGUCUCUGCUCCCUGUACUUUUCUGCUGUGUUGUCAAAGGAGCUUGAAUAAAGUAUGCAGAAGGCAGUGCCGCUAUAUCCCCUACUUCAGAUUUCACAAACCUGGCGGGAUCUUUCUCCAUGGUUUUUCUUUGUUUCUGCACAGUGUGUAUUUCUUUCGCCAUUUAUGAUGUGCCUGUUGAUCUCCAAGGGGAUGAAGCCCUGUUGAUGAGCUUAGCACCACCACAGAGCAACACAGACUGAAGAAGCAGAUAUAAAUAAACAUGCUUCCAUUGCAAGAUGAGCAAAUAUCAGUAUGAAGUCAGCAGAAUGAAC